CACGCUCCUUCAUCAUUCGACCAUGAAUGCGCAACCCAAGUCGGGCGUGGCCCUGGCUGCCCGCUACGCGAUCCCCUUUGUUCUUCUGCUGAUCCCUCUUUGGAUGGCCAAGAUCAAUGCCGUCGUUCCCGAACCGUAUCUAGACGAGGCCUUCCAUGUCCCCCAGGCCCAGGCCUACUGGGCUCAUAAAUGGACGCAUUGGGAUCCCAAGAUCACCACUCCUCCGGGAUUGUAUCUCUGGUCCUAUGUGCUGUGUGUGAUUGCGCUCUUCCUGCGCGGUUCCCCCACGGAGCUCACCCCGGAUGCUCUGCGUGCGACCAACGUGGCCGCCACCGCCGUGGCUCUGCCGUUGCGAUUGCAGACCCUGUUGGAUCGGCUGCGCAGGACACGCAACACUCGCCCUUCUGGCGCGUGGCUGAGUCAUACCGUUUUGAACAUCUGCCUCUUUCCCCCGCUGUUCUUUUUCUCCGGCUUGUACUACACCGAUAUCUUGGCGUUGUUGGUGGUCAUUGAAGCAUACAACUGGGAUCUGAAGCGGUCGCAAGGUGCGUUUGCGCCGCUGCAGACGCUGGUAUUUAUUGUGCUGGGAUUGGCGACGCUGGCCUUCCGACAGACCAACAUCUUCUGGGUGGCAAUCUUCCUGGGCGGGUUGCAGGUCGUGCGGCGGUUACGGCUGUCGUCUAAAAGAUGCGAAUCGUCGGGCUUUGCGGACGUUGCGAAGGCGGGGUGGACGAAUCAGCUGUAUGAUCCGUUUGUGUCGGAGGCUUCGAUUGCAGACUACUUCAAAACGGCUGUUUCGCUGGUGCUGGUUGCUGUGAACAACCUGGGCUCGGUGAUCGGCUCGGCUCUUCCGUAUUUGAUUAUACUGGCUGGAUUUGGCGGAUUCGUGCUGUGGAACGAUGGUGUGGUUUUGGGACACAAGGAGUUCCACACGGCUGGCUUGCAUCUGCCUCAGAUGCUUUACAUCUGGCCCUACUUCGUGUUCUUUUCCUGGCCCCUCCUCCUCUCGCCGGUCGUCAAUCUGGUUCUUCCCAAGUCGCUUCUGCCAAAGUUCCUCGACUUUGGCUUUCCGAAGAAACAGAAGGGCCUUCCUAAGCUGCUGACAGCGCUUGUGGUUCUUCCAAUUAUGCUGGCUGUGGUCCAUUUCAACACCAUUGUGCAUCCCUUCACACUGGCCGACAACCGGCACUAUGUUUUCUACGUCUUCCGCAUUCUGCUGCGCACGCACCCUGCUAUCAAGUACGCCGCGGUGGUGGUGUACUUCCUCUGCGCGUGGAUGGUCAUUUCGGCUUUCGGAUUCUCGACCGUUGCAGCUGUCCCCCAGUUGAUGCGUGUUCCGCAGACUGGUCCCCAGCCCGUCCCAGUGCCGCAGAAGCCGGACCAGAAGCCGGAUCAGAAGAAGGCCGAGCGUCGGAAGACCAAGAAAACUGCGCAAUCCCAGCCCAAGCCCGAGCCGAUCCCGUUCCAGUCGUUUGCCCGGAUCCAGGAGCACAUUGCGCAGCGACAGAAGCAGCACCAGGGCGCGCCGCAGGUGAGCUUUGUGCUCGUGUGGCUUGCAGCCACGGCGCUGUCGUUGAUCACGGCGCCGCUUGUGGAGCCGCGGUACUUUAUCAUCCCGUGGGUGAUGUGGCGUCUGCAUCUGCCGCCGCUGCCAACGCCGGUGGUGCACCGGCAGCGGGCUCGCGAUGCGGCUGAGGAGCUUAACGCGAAGGUGGCGACGAAUAUGGCUUUGUUCCUGGAGACGUAUUGGUUCCUGGUGAUCAAUGCGGUGACGGGGUACAUUUUCUUGUACUGCGGGUUUGAAUGGCCUCAGGAACCGGGGAAGGUGCAGCGAUUCAUGUGGUGAUGAUACUGUAGUGUAGUGUAUGUAUAUUAGUGUAUAGUAGAUUUAGAUUGUCGGUGUAUAAUAGUCAAUGUAUAGUAGAUUUA